AUGGACACGUUUUCUUCCACUGCCCUGCCUUCUGAGGACCUCUGCCCUCUUCAGGACAGCUUCUCCGAGUAUGAGGAGGAAAUGGAGGCAUAUUCUCAGCAGAUCCUGUCUCAGCCACCUGUGAGCUUCAAGGACGUGGCUGUGACCUUCACAUGGGAGGAGUGGGGACAGCUGGACCUGGCCCAGAGGAUGCUGUACUGUGAGGUGACUCUGGAGACCUGCAGUCACCUGGUCUCCCUGGACUGGAAGACUACACUGGAAAAGAAAGAAUCAGCUUCUGAAGAGGGUAUUGCUGUGGAACAGCCAUCUCACCACAUGGAAAUGAAACACUGUGUACAGGAGGAGGGCCCCUGGUUGGUGUCAUUAGGAGAAGUACAGCAUUGGAGGGAGCAGCUAGGGAAGCACCAGGAGGACUCUCUGAGUCAAACAGUACUUAUCUCAGAGAGACUUUUUGCUCAAGGGGGUAGUUAUCUGAGUCUAAGCCUUCUACCUCUGACAUUACCCACAAGAACACAUUUCCAUAAGCUCAACUCACAGGUUAAAAGGUUGAAACAGCAUUCGGUUUUCAUUAAUCAUCAGAAAAACUGGGCUGAUCUGAAGUCCUGUGAAGAUCAUCAAAGUGCUAGAGCCUUCUGUCAGAGCACUUACUUGAAUAAAAUUGCAAAUGUUGAAACAGGAAAUAAAAAACCUUAUGAUUAUACUGUCAGUAGUGACUCUUUCAACUGUGGUACCUCCCUUCAUUUUCUUAAUAGAAUUUUUCCAGCAGAGAAUGGCAAUGACAGUAAGGACGAUGGAAACAGCAUUAAUCAUAGCAUGCCUCUGAAUGAACACAAGCCAAUGAAUUUUGGAGAAAGUCAGUACGAGUGCGAUGAAUGCCUUGUACAAACCGAAAUAAGUGAUCCUGGAGAGGCACCAUUCAGAUGUGAGGAGGACUGUGGUGCCUUCCACGUGGCCUCAUCUUUUCCUGACUGUGACAUCAUUCAGACUGGAAAGAAGUCAUAUGCAUGUAAUCAGUGUGCAAAAUCUUUCAGCUGUUGCUCUAAGCUUGUUGUACACAAGAGAACACACACAGGAGAAAAGCCAUAUGAAUGUACUCAGUGUGGGAAGUCUUUCAGCCAGAGCUAUGACCUGGUUGUACACCAGAGAACUCACACUGGAGAAAAGCCCUAUGAAUGCAACCAGUGUGGGAAAUCCUUCACCCAGAGUUCUAAACUUAUUAGGCAUCAACGAACUCACACUGGAGAAAAACCAUAUAAAUGUUAUGAAUGUGGAAAAUCUUUCAGGUGGAACUCUAACCUUACUGUUCAUCAAAGAAUUCAUACUGGAGAGAAACCUUAUGAGUGUGCUCACUGUGGAAAGUCCUUCAAUCAAAGCUCUGACUUUGUUGCACAUAAAAGGACUCACACUGGAGAGAAACCCUAUGAAUGUAACCAGUGUGGAAAAUCUUUCAUUCGAAGCACUCAGCUUAUUAGGCAUCUGCGAAUUCAUACUGGAGAGAAGCCAUAUAAAUGCAAUCAGUGUGACAAAGGCUUCACUGGGAGCUCUCACCUUAUUGAACAUCAGAGAACUCAUACUGGAGAGAAACCGUUUGAAUGUAAUCAGUGUGGGAAAGGCUUCACUGAGAGCUCUCACCUUCUUUCACAUCAGAGAAUUCAUUUUGGAGAGAAACCGUAUGAGUGUAAUGACUGUGGGAAAGCUUUUCGGCAGCGAUCUCAGCUUGUUGUGCAUCAGCGAACACAUACUGGAGAGAAACCUUAUGAAUGCAGUCAUUGUGGAAAAGCUUUCAGCCAGAGGUCUCCCCUCAUUGUGCAUCAGAGAAUACACAUUGGAGAGAAGCCCUAUCAGUGUAACAUGUGUGCUAAAGCCUUCAGUCAGAGGUCACGCCUUAUUGAACAUCAGAGAACACAUGCUGGAGAAAAGCCCUAUGAAUGCAUUGACUGUGGGAAAGCCUUCAAUGAUCGAUCAACGCUUACAAAACACGAGAGAACACACACUGGGGAAAAGCCCUAUGAAUGUAAUCAUUGUGAAAAGGCCUUUAGCCAGCGGUGUCAACUUACUAGGCAUCAGAGAAUCCAUACUGGAGAGAAACCCUAUGAAUGUAAUGAGUGUGGAAAAGCUUUCAGUUAUAGUACAUCCCUUAUUCAACAUGAGAAAACCCAUGGGAGAGAAACCCUAUGA